UAUCACAUAGUUUAUCGAACUUGAGCAAAAUAUCCCCCAAGGAGGAUGAAAGGCAGAAAUCGUCAAAACAAGCCUCGGGGGUGAAAUAGUUUGCACAGCCCCUAUCGUCCAUCUGGCGGUAGAUGAAAAAUUGGGCUAACAAACAUAUGAUAGUUUCCCCCCAGGUAAGUCAAGCAUGUCCUUGAGACAAAGGGCGACCAUGAACUAUCAACCAGGUAAGAAAAAUUGCCUUUGGUUUAAGCAAAACUAUGGAUUUUAGUUAGUCCCAAUGCUUUGAUGUCGAAAUCUGCACUGAAGUAAAAUUCGAGCUGUGCAGCCAGAAGUCCCGAAGAAUUGUAAUGAAGGCUGCAAAUCACAAGCCAACAAGGAGUUGGGGCCGCUGUAUCUUGAGGUACAUCUGACAACCGCCCUAUUACGAAAAUCUUAAGAACAUUCAAUGAUUAAAAGCUGGGCUUCGUAGGUGGACAAGGCUGAUAGUGAGUAAAACACAAAAAACCAACAUACCGAAAUGCAAAACGUUCGGUAGUGUUGAAAAGUAAAAACUGCAGUAAAUAAUAAACCAUGAACGAAUGCACAAAGAAACCAUCUUAUGCCGAACUCGAGAGACCUCUGAUAUAGUUGUGCAUUUACGUAGCGCUCUUCUGUUGAAAGGUAACAGGCACUAUAUACUUAUGACAGUGUUUUCAAGUCAGUUUACUGAUGAAAAGUCAAUGGAUUUCGGGGGUUCAAAUCUGAUAGAGACGCCGAGUUUUUCACAGAUGGGUCAAAAUAAAUGAUGAAAAUUUGUCUGCGCCGUUGCCGACUGCAUCUCCGUCGUAAAAUUCGGGAUGCCUUGAAAAAAAAUAAAUGCUUCGCAACAGCUGAAAUAUAUUUGCAACAAAUUUGAAUAAAUAUGCAAGCGGAAAGAGCGAAACCAUGAUUUGCACGCUUACUGUUACGUUAGUCCAUACAGAUUAUGUUUGAAGCUCCUGUGAUGCCAAAAGCACGAUCUCUGCUGCCUUUUAUUUACAAAAAGACCUCCCAUACAUUCGGUUUUAUGUGGUGAAAGCUAUACUUCGUAUAAUCGAACUUAUUUUCGUAAAUCGAACUUAUUUUCGAAUCACAUCUCGCCAGUCUAUUAGUUGGCAGUUUUAAAUUAUGGUUAAUGAAUUCAAUGCAUCUAUUCUUGUUAGGCAACUAAAGAGAGGCAUAAAUCUUUCCCAUUAAUCAUUGACAGCUUUAUUUUGUACUUGGUAAUACAGCCAUUGGCAUUAUCGACACCAAAAUUGCAAUUUCUGGGACGCAUGAAAGACUCUUAUAAUUAAAUUUUCCACGGUCUCAGGACCCCCGUGACGUAUGCCAAGUGCACUUUUAUAUCUUUUUCGAAUUUCUUAAAGUAUUUUUCUUAAAUAAAGUUAUUGUGCGCCUAGAUGUUUCCCCGCCCAACACCACUCCCCGACCGAAUCCCCAAACCAGAACGUGACAGCAAGGGCGGAAGAAAGAAAGUUUAUUAAUGUGUUCCUUCAGGUCGUAUAAGACGGUCAAAAGAUCAUACAGAACGUCCGCCAUUGGCCUGAAGUUAGACUAAUAAAGUAGUGCUUUUGGGUGGUUAGCAUACCGACUGGAUUCUGCUUCAUUUUACUAAUCGAGUAGUCCCCGGCUCUGUCCGGAGCUGGCGCGAUAUCAACGUGCGCAUGGAGUGUGAGAGGAUCGUUUGGACAGCGCGUGAGUAAAAUGCAGUUUAAAGAAAAAAAUAACAGGAAGCCAGUAUUGUGGAGAAAAGAACUGUAUCACAAAGAGAGUCGACUAUCUGACAAGGAACUAAAUCAUGAACCAUGGUUAUAAAAAUGUGUCGGGAAUUCGACAAGAAUUUGCAACAAAAAAGCAACGUUGAACUCACAAUUUCUCUGCAGCUCUUCCCGAUAGAGUACAAAGAAAGACAUCAAAUUCUAUUUAUAAGGACUACGGAUGGCGUUGAGAUUACUGAAAGCAGGGAGUAGGCUAUGCAUCUUUUACAGUUUUUCCAGUCGGUCAACAUUAACGAGGCAAGGUUUCUUCCUCCCUCCACAGAAGAAGUGCUGGCUAAAAGAAUAAGCGAUAUACUUUUCUCAGGGACGAAACGAAGUCUCCGGGAACAGAAAGACUCCACCCACACUUCUCGGAGAACUUCCUGAUGGGUUUCCUAUACCUCUGUCGAUUCUCCGUCUGACGGGGUAUGGCACUUGAACACUUCCUGUCAAUUGGAAGUUGGUGCACAUAAUUCCAACAUAUAAACGCUGUAGCAGAGCAUAUGCUUGACAUGUAUUCUCAACAAAGUUAUGGACAGGACUAUGAACAGAGUACUGAUGCAAUACCUGGAAGUUCACAACUUGCUAUCGAAAUUCCAACAUGGGUUGCGGAAAAGAAGCUUCUAUACGACAAACGUCUUGCUAAACCCGAGCUCCCGACAACCAGCAUGCGGCUAACAUCGCUUUUACUAGCUUUCAAAAGUCGUUUGACAUUAAACCACACCAGUGAAUGCUAUGUAAGCUGAAAAAAUAGGAACCAAAAAUAACACCCUCAAAUGCAGCAAAAACUUCCUUGUGGGUCGACAGUGGGUUGUCUGCAUCGGACAAGAGAAAUCAGGUCCCGCUGUGGUAGAAAGUUGUGUUCCCCAGGGUUCCUCACUGAGACCUAUUGUAUUUUUAAUCUACGUGGACGAUUGCGCAGGCGAUUUUGAUUCCGAGACAACAGUGCUUGUUGACGACAUGAAAACAUGGAGAGAAGUCCGUGUCCCUUUCGACGAAUACAGACUGCAGAUCAGCCUAAGUCCGUUGGAAGAGUGCUCUAACCGUUGAAUCAAGCUCUUCAACGGCGGUAAGUGUACCAUACUUCGCCCAGGCAAUUCCUCUCGACAGGCCGGCAUGAGAGAUUACUUUCUUGACUGUGCAGUCUUACGAGACGUCGAAGGCCAAAAGGGCCUAGGUGUGCUGACGACCUAUUCCCUAAAACAAUCUGUUCAUUUUUCGAGAGUGAUAAAAAGCGUAAUGUCUGUACAGUACGCCAUCAAGAGUACAUUUGUGGAUUUUCAUAAAGACGAUUUCCAAAGAAGUUUCGGAACAUUUGUGCGGCCGCGCUUGGAAUACGGCAUACAAGUUUGGAGAUCCUGGGCGAUUCAAGAUCAAAUUUUCCCAAAAGAGUCAAAAGGAGAGUCAACAAAAUAGUUUUCCUCUUCCCGGGUCCUCCUCAAAUGUUUUUCCACCUAAUGCUGCAUCUCUAGCUAGUAAUUACCCCCAUAAAUUUUAGACCGCAGCAGCUUUGUCCUCCACCAAUUGCUUCGUUCCAACAGCUUAAUUUUUCACCUCCAGCUCUUCGUUUUUUAUAAGUAGCAAUGAGCGGAACCUACAUAUUAGGAAUACGCUCAGUAUUGUCUCUCUCAACGCAAGAUCUGUCGUGCAAAAGAUGGCACACCUAAGAAGUGUAGCUGUUGAGUUUGACACAGACAUAUUGUGCAUUACAGAAUCUUGGGCUCACUCUCUAAUUUCAGACUCGGCACUUAAUAUAGAUAGCCUCAGUUUAUACCGCCAGGACCGUGCCGACAGACGCGGCGGUGGAUGCCUUCUUUACAUAAGAGCAUCACUUGCACAAUCGCCUUAUAACUUGAACAUUUCCUCCUUUCCUGGAAAUUUAUGUUUUGCUUCGGUAGUCCUUCCGCAAAAUAGGAAAGCCUUAGUCGUAUGUGUAUAAAAUCCUCCUUGUUUCUCCGGAAAUGAAAGCCAACUUUGUGAACUCUUUGAAAAAAUUUCAGAAACUUCUUUCGAUGUCAAGAUAAUCGUAGGCGAUUUUAAUUUGCCAGAAAUUGACUGGCACACAUACUUCUCCUCCUAAAUUCCAGAAGCUGCUUGACACAGUUUACUUUUCAAACCUGACUCAAUUAGUUUACUCUUCGACCAGAAACGAUAGUGUUUUAGACUUAAUUUUUACUAAUGGCACCUUCCCUUUAUCUAUGGAUUUUUAUCAUGACCUCUUUGCAAGUGAUCAUGCAUUAAUCCAUUGUCGCCUUCCAGUUGCCAUUUCCGCAAAGCCAACAGUUCAACGUAGUAUUUUUGACUUUGCUAAUGUUAACAAGGAAUUAGUAAAUAACUUUACAUGCACUCUUGAUUGGCACAAUAUUUUUUCAAAUAAUGGUCUAAAUUUUUCAACAAUUUAUUACAAUGCGUAACAGAAGGUCUUCUUGACCUUAUUCCUCGGAAGAUGUUCAAACCGAGUGCUAAUUCCACCGCUAUCCCACACUUUCUUAAAAACAGACUUAAAAAGUUACGGAAACAGUUUAAAGAUCCUUCUGUGAGCUCAUUAUCAGUUCAUCUAAGAAUCGUUGAAAUAUUUGAACUAGCUUCGAAAGUGAGGCUCGAGCGAUUAAUGACAUGAAUGCUUCUAAAUCAGUUGCUCAGAUCUUCCGUCAGAGAUCAUCUGCUAAGUCCCACCAAGUCAUUCCGCCCUUGCUUAGUGCUAGCGAUGCCUUCAUUACUGAUGAUUCAGGCAAAGCAGAAAUUUUAACUUCGUUCUUUGUCAAACAUUUCACCAUUGAAACUGAUCCGAUCCCUUUAAUUCCUUCGUUGUCUGAUGCUUCUCUUAGCUUCAUUAAUUUUUCUCCUAAAUGUAUUCCAAAACUGAUAAGCCAUCUUCCUAACUCUCACUCAGUAGGUACGGACAAUAUCCCAAACUCUCUUAUAAAACAGCAAAGAGAUUUUCCUCCUCUGCUUAGCAAAAUCUUUUCAGUAUUUCUCGUUAAUGGCUUCUUCCCUGACUAUUGGAAAACUUCUAUUAUUAUUCCAGUAUUAAAGUCCGGCUGUCGUUCUGACGUACAGAACUAUCGAGGUGUCCAUAAAAGACCCUCUCUCGCCUAAAUCUUCGAAAAAAUUAUGGCCGUAAAAAUUACCGAAUUUUGCAUAGCCAAUCAAAUUAUUAGCCCUUCCCAGCAUGGUUUUUUACCAGAUCGAUAUUGUGAAACAUGUCAUCUGUCGUUUCUCGACCUACUUACCUCUCUUCGUAAUGAUCACCUAUCUGUUGUCGUAAUUUAUUUUGAUUUAGUAAAGCCUUUGAUAAAGUGCCACAUAAAAGACUCUUGGUUAAAUUGGAAGCCAUGGGAAUUCGCAGUCCACUAAUAGACUUUCUCAGGUCAUACCUGUCUAAUCGUAAGCAAAAGGUUUUGGUGGGAUCUUCACUUUCCAGUGAAAGUCCUAUUGUAAGCGGUGUCCUACAAGGUACCGUUUUAGGUCCUCUUUUGUUCUUGCUUUACAUAAAUGAUAUUUCAGCAGCAGUUAAACAUUCUCAAUCAUUUAUUUAUGCCGAUGAUCUCAAAUGUGUAUAUUCUUUCAAUAAAUCUACGAGCCUUCAUUGCCUGGGGCCAAUCCAUGCUGACUUGCUUGCUCUCUCAGCUGGGAGCUCAAAAUGGCUAAUGGAAUUCUCUCCGUCUAAAUGUCGUUAUAUGUGUUUUGGACCUGAUAGGCUACCCCAACCAGUGGUCUUUCAAGGCACACCUAUGACUGAAUGUACCACCAUCAAGGAUUUAGGUUUAAGCUACACUAGUAAUCUUGAUCUCUCGCCGCACGCUGACAAAAUUACAGCUAAAGCUGCCCAGAUUUGUGGCUUUAUUUCUUACAAUUUCUAUCUUCCUGAAAUUAAAUUAAGGCUCUAUCGUAUGCUAGUACUUCCCAUUCUCGAGUAUUGUUGCCCAUUCUUUGGUUGGAUGAAUGAAGCCAGUCGUUUAAAAAUUGAAAAUGUCCAAAGACGUUUUUCAAAAAAACUUUUAGAUAGGGAACAUCCCAAUAUCUCCUACUCAAAUAGAUGCCAGCUAAUUAACCUAAAAUUUUUAUGGGUUCGAAGACUAGAAGCGGGCUUCUGUCUCCUCUUUCGCAUUAAUCAUAGUUCAAAUUUUCCUCGGAUUUCAACACUUAUCCCUAGUAGUCGUCCAUACAAUCUUCGCAACUCGUCUCUAAUUAUACCUCCUCCAGCGUCCUCCACCUCUAAGCGCUCCCUUUUUUUCGCUUCCAGGUAUACUUUCCUCUGGAAUAACCUUCCAAUAAAUAUAAGAUCUUCAGAAAAUCUACACACCUUUAAGAGAAGGCUACGCCUUUAUGCGAAUACUGACUCGAUUAAACCUUUAUUUUCCUCAUCCAUCCCAGGCAACUUUUUCUAUGACACUGAGAAAGGGUCACUGGGAAUUUAGCAUGCCGCUAUUAAAUUUCCGUAUCUGUUCACGUUUCCUUCCUUUAUGAGUAGUCUCGCUACCUAAGAUCCCUCACCAGAAAUGUUAAUUAUUCCAAUUUUCAGUUCAUGCAUCGUGCCCUCACAGAAUGCGCACCAUCGAUGCUCUUGGCGAAACCUUCUAUAUUCGCCAUAUACUAGUAGGCUGGUCGCAUCUCCCUUCCCCAUGCUCGGAUGGACUCGGUUGAAUGAAACCGACCGCAUCUGGGUUCCUAUCAGCUCGAGACUGGUUUUCAAUUUCGCCACCUUUUUUUCUUAUUCAAGGCGAUACAGGCCAGUCCUGACCGACCCCCCUACGUACCAUUUUAUGAAAUCCGUUACACAAUGCCAUAUACAGCUGACAUUUAUUUCGGCCAUGUUGAUGUCCGACUAUAUUCCAUUCUGUACCGCCACAUGCAGGCCAGUCCUCCCUGCAUUUUUCAGAUGCUAUUUUUUUGAGGUUUUUUUUCUCCUGUUAAAUUAUUACAAUCAUUUUUAAAUUUUGCUUUGGAGUUUUUUUCACCCCUCCUUUUUCAUUUUGCUUAACGGACUUCUAAUCUCAAAAGCGAUGUAUUGCACUUUGUACAGAUUUUGCCUACCUCGUCUAAAAUUCGCAUGUAAAUUUAUUUUUACUUGCUUUGAUGGGAGCCCGACGGGUCUUUGAUAAAAAUAAUUGAAUUGAAUUGAGAGCAACAAAAAUGGUUAGGCGUCAAAUUUCCGUUCCUUACGCAACCCGUCUAACAAGUCUGCACCUCCUUCCUUUGAGGUGUAAGCAACUGCGCAGGGAUCUCUUACAAGCAUUCCACAUUUUAAAGGCAUCGUAUUGUAGUCUGGCCCUCGAGGUCAUGCAAUAAAUUGCGCAUUCAGCAGGCAAGACUAGACGUGCAAAAGGCUUCCCUCUCUGCUAUCAAACCGUGAAAUGCUCUCCUCGCAGAUUUUGCUAUGUUACAAUCGAUAGAAAGAUUUAAAAAUGAGCUUGGUAUAUUUAUGGUCCGAAGCGAGCGUAAUACUUUUUCGAAAUAGUCACCUUUAAAAUUCAUUCCCAAUUUGCCAUAUUUUUAAGCUCAUUUGAACCAUUUUAGCCCACAUGGUUCCUAUGUGCUCUGCACGCAAUUUUGUGUUGCAAAUAGGGCGUUUAACGCUCAUGCUUAUUCUCCUAAAUAAGCCGAAGAAGACGGAACGAAAGUAAUAAAAUACAAGAGGAAUUGAUGGACUUGAGUGCGACCAAGCACUAUGUUACCAACUCUUUGUUGUGUUUCAACCUCUAAAUCUGCAGAGUCAUUGGAAAAGUGACUAUCUUCACUUUGCUAAUAUUAACAAGACCUCAAUGUAUAUCUUCAUACGCACUUUAGGUUGACGCAGAAAAUUUUCAAAUAAUGAUCCAGAUAUUCUCCCGAUUUUUUUGUAGUGCCUAACAGAGGCUAUUCUCCUCUUUGUUCCAUUAAAAAUGUUUAAAUUGAAUGCUGCUUCUUCCGCUGUCUCAGACUUACUUAAAACGGACUUAAAAAGUUAUAAAAAAGCUCAUUUCCACUUCAUUUGAAAAUCACAGAGAUAUUUAAAUUAGCUUCCGAAAUUAGACUCGACCAAGAUAGACGUAGGGAGCCUUUGACAAGUAGUGACGUAAGUCCUUCCAGCCCUGUUGCUAAAGUCUUCCGUCUCAGAUCGUUUCAUUAAAUCAUUUAGCCUCAGCUCAGUCAAAGCAGUAUCUUCAUUAUGGGGGCGCCGGUCGAAGCAGAACUGUCAAACUAAGUCUCUGGUAGUCAUUCUACCUCUGAAACUGACCUCAUCCCCACAAUUCCUCCGUCGUCCAGUGGGCUUCCCACCGCCAUUAAUUUCGCUCAUGCAAGCACUCAGAACUAGAUUAGUCAGCUUGUUAACUUGCAUUCAGCGGGGACUGACAGUGCCCAAGGGGCGCUAUAAUAAACCUAUUCUGUCAAGGUCCCGAACUUUCUUACUGAGCAGCGAAAAGAUUUUUCUUCUUUGCUGAGCGAAGUAUUCUCUGUCUUUCUCGAGAACGGUCUCUUUCCUGAUUGUUGGAAAGCCUCUAUUUUUCUACCACUGCUUAAAUCUGACUCUCUUUCUGACAUUCAAAAUUAUCGGGAUAUUCAAUAAACGUCCUCUCUCUCUCUCACUCUCGUUAAAGCGUUUGAAAAGGUGACUAUAAAUAAAUAAUGUUAUUGAAAAACGCGUGAAGUUCCAUCAUAGCUAGUAAAUUUUAAAACAAGUAGACAGGUUCUUGCAGUAUUCAAUUUUCUGUUGGAUUACCGCUUCCUUCAGCCGCGUAUACGGUUCGUCGGCUGGAAUUGGGUCAAGGAGGUCUUCGACGGUUACAGCUGCAUCAAAUGGGAGGGACUGCAAAACGUACGAAAAGCGGGUACGCUCGCCAGUAAUGCGGCUUGUCGCAAAAAGAGUCUCGAUCUGCCUGAACCAAACGCGAGAAUUGCUCGGUAUAAACGGUGGCAGAUUAAAAGAAUGGGUGUUAAUGUCGAGUGAGUCUUUUUGGGAGUCGUUACAGGCCAUGGUAAAUAAAAAAAGGCUCGGAAUGCAGGAAAAAGCGGGGUCACCAAUUUUGUAGUGGAAACGUGAACCUAAAAGCUACAAACAAUAAUAUAUACAGGAAAACUAACUCCAACUGUGGGGAAUUGUGUGUGCCAACAAAAAAAGGAUGUACAUAUUCGAAGAAUCAGAAAAGGAAUGUUCCAGACUCACGCAAAGUAGAAUCCUCUCAAGUAGCGAGAUAGUAUUCCGAUGAGGAACCGGUUGAAUAGAGGUAGUCGGUUCCACGAUGAUAUGGUGAAGUAGGCUUGUGAGGAGGGAGUCUCCGUCAGCUCAUAAGGAUUGUUAAGAAUGUUGAGAGGUUACAAGCGAAGGCCAAGAAAUAACGACAUCAGGCACACUCGAAACCAGAACACACGUUGACCGCCACAGAGUUGUUACUGUAUAUUUCCGUUUAGUCAAACAAAUGUACAGGAAAGUGAGAUGAACAAGAAAGUGUAGUGAAACAAAUCAAAAAUAUACAAAAGCCUACAGAUGAAACAGUCAAACAUAAAAGCAGUUAGCGCGCAGUAAAAAUUCCUUAUGAAAAAAAACUAGAUGAGUAUUAAUCGGUUGACUUUUGAGGAGAAAAAUGACGGCCGCUCAAGAGGGAGGAAAUGUUCGGGUCGAACGUGACGGACAUGCAUAUGAUAUUUUAUGAGAUUCAAAACGUAAAUCGUCAAAGCAGAGCUUUCCAAACCGAAUGAGGUUAUACGUCUCGAAGUGGCAAGACAGAGAAACCUAGACGCGAUCGGACACAGUCCGCUUAGAGUUCAGCCGAGGAUGGACACGCAUGCUGACGAUCAAUUUGUCAAGGAGAUGUUCCUGGAGCGUCUGCUCGCAGAUGUUUAAACGAUCCUGGCGUCCGGCUUUCAAGAUCUUACGGUCUCACAGCUAGCUGAUAUGGCGGAUCGACUGAUAAAGGUGCAACGGUUCCAGCCACCGUCCGUUGCCCAGAUCUCAUCCUCAUGGUCAGUGAAUGAGCAUUUAGUAAAGCGGGCGUCGGCCAUGGCGGAUGAGAUGGCCUCCCUUAAAAUACAGCUCGCCCGCCUAACUUCCAGUCGCUCACGCAGUCGUCGUUGUUAUCGUUCGCGACCUCGAACUGCUGAUACUUGCUGGUAUCACACUAAUUUCGGCGUAAAGGCCCGUCGUUGUUCCUAACCUUGCUCUUUUAGGCCGAAACAGGGAAACCAGUCAGCCAGAGAAUAGAUACGGCCGUUUUCUCUGGUUCUUCCGGCUCUGGUCGCACCUUCUAUGUUUGCGACACUGCGACUCGCAGACGUUUCCUGGUGGACACUGGAGCCCAAAUCAUUGUUGCUCCCCUAACUGCAGCUGAUCGUCGUUUCCCUAGCCCUGGUCUUCACCUCCAAGCUGCUAACUGUUCCCCCUUCACACUUUCCGUAGUCUGUCACUCACCCUGAACAUUGGCCUUCGUCGGUCAUUUACUUGGAUCUUUUUGAUUGCCGAUGUCCCUCAUGCAAUCCUCGGUUUGGGCUUUCUUGCCGAGUUCGAUCUCCUUGUUGACUGUCGACAUGUCCGUUUCCUCGACCGCACAACCGGUCUGUUUGUUCGUGGUCUAACUCCCUUUACUGCUCCCACCAACUAAUCUGUCUUGAAUACGGAUAUUGGUAACCCCUUUCGGCAAUUGCUUCUUAGUCACCCCAACAUAAUUAACCCCCAGUUUCACAGUGGUGAGGUCCAACAUGAUGUUGUGCACCAUAUCCGCACCUAAGGUCCUCCUGUGUUUGCUCGACCGAGACGACUAGCACCGGAGCGUUUCCAGGCCGUGAAGGCGGAGUUUGAACACAUGCUGCAACUGGGAAUAAUUCGACCGUCCGUGAGCCCUUGGGCGUCUCCACUGCAAAUGGUGCCCAAGGCGACUUCAGGCGACUGUCGACCCUGUGGCGACUAUCGUGCCCUCAACUGCGCUAGUAAUCCUGAUCUGUACCCCGUUCCUCAUCUUCAGGAUUUUGCUGGAGCCUUUUUCGUCAAAGCGAUUUUCUCGAAGAUUGAUCUGGUGCGUGCUUUUCAUCAGAUUCCAGCCGCCCCUGAGGACAUCCCUAAAACCACCGUCACCGCACCCUUCGGUUUCUUUGAGUUCAUCCGCAUGCCGUUCGGUCUAAGUAAUGCCGCCCAAACGUUCCAGAGGUUCAUCGAUCAUGUCUUACGUGGCCUGCCCUUUGUGUAUGCCUACAUUGAUGACCUCUUGGCGGCCAGCCGGAAUGGCGAAGAACACAAAGAGCAUCUUGCCUUGGUUUUUAACCGUCUUGACAAGUUUGGCGUUGUCAUCAACCCCUCCAAGUGCGUGUUGGGUGUGCCUUCACUCGAGUUCCUCGGCCAUCAGGUCUGUUAUGUAUGCAAAACAGAAGGCUAAUUGGAAAUAGGACGUGUACUGAGUACGAUAGACAGCACAAGUGAGGAGGCUUGUGGAAACGGCCGGGUAUAUGGCUAGGGGGACUGUCAUAGGCUGAUGGGUGGCCAAUCAGCACAAAGACGGUGUGAACAGGGGGCCAUGACCUUGAUCGUUCGCUUGUCACGCGUUUGUGGCAUGAUGUCCUGACGGCCCGGACAACAUACGCUGCAUCCCUCCACCCUAAAGUGGGGAGCAUGAGGGGGAGGGAGGGGAACAGUAUAGGUAAUAGUGGAUUGUCAGACAAUGUUCUAAUAAGAUUCGUCCUGAAAGCGUUGGACAGGUUUGCGGUUUCAGGUCGAUCUUCUAAGGGCGGUAUUUUCUACCUCUGCGCCGCUUUGUGUAGUCACUGGCUCCUCUGCUCCUAAGCUAGUGCUGGCCGGGGUAGAAGGAGGUGGAACAUAAGCCUCGGUGGAUGGCGUAGUGCCCUGUGCAGGAAGUAGGGGCUCAGUCCUCGGGAUGUCAGGAUCCCUAUCAAGGGUUGCUGGCAGUUCUAACUCUCCGAAUUCUCCACUUACUGUGUCCGUUCGGCUGCGAACUUGGUCCAGAUGUCGACGCACAAUUCUCCCACCUUCUAACUCUAAUUCCACUAUUUGACCCUCGCUUUUUCGAACUACCGCUGGACACCAGUUCGUUUCGUGUUCCAGUCGCGUGUAGACACUUUCGUUGGGCGCGACGACUCGUGGUCGGGUGCUCACAUCAUAUCGUUCUUUCAUCUUCGUCUGUUUUGCAAUGACCCUAUCCUGCGUUGAUGGAUUAAGCAGGUCGAGUCGUGUGCGCAACUGCUGCUUGAACAUCAAUUCUGCAGGCGAAGCACCAGUUGAGUCGUUAGGUGUUAUGCGAUAGCUGAACAGAAAGCGUGACAACUUGGUGGCCAAGUCCGCUUCUGUCUGUCUGGCUAGUCCGUGCAUUAUUGUCUGGACUGCACGCUCUGCGAGGCCAUUUGAAGCAGCGUGGUACGGGGCAGUAGUUAAAUGUCUAAUUCCAUUUUUCUUCAUGAAAUCUUUAAAUUCUGCACUAGUAAAGGCCGGCCCAUUGUCUGAAACGACCAUUUCAGGUAUCCCAAAAGUAGAAAAGACGGUUCGCAACUUGCUGAUUGUAGUCAGUGAGGAACAAGAAUUUCCUGUCGGAAUCGCAUCAAUCCAUGUAGUGUGGGCGUCAACUACCACCAAACCCAUAUGGCCUUGGAAUGGCCCAAAAUAAUCGACGUGUACCCUCUUCCACGGCGAGUCGGGCCAGGCCCAAGGCUUCAGAGGAACCUUCGGUAGGGUCUUCUGUGUUAUUUGGUACACGUGACAUGCUUUCACCACGUUUUCUAUAUCUGCGUCAAUUUUAGGCCACCAAACAUAGCUGCGGACGAGAGCUUUCAUUCUAAGUGUACCAGGAUGAACAUUAUGCAGGUCUCUGAGGAUGGCCCGUCGGCCUUGUGGUGACACAACUACACGAUUGCCCAUAAUAUGCAUCCGUCUUGUAGACUUAACUCGUUCUGACGGCUGAAGAAUGGUUGAAAAUCAGAGGAGGUAGAGGACGGCCAGCCAGAUUGUAAGGCUCUUUUGACCCGACUUAGGAGAGGGUCUCUCGAUGUCCACUGUCGAAUUUAUUGACAGGUUACAGGCGCGUUGACUACAUUCUGCAAAAGAUUCACGGUCUCAAAAACAGGUGCCCCGUUAAUGCCAUCGUCCACGAUAGGAAGCCUACUCAAGGCGUCAGCCACUACGUUUGCACUACCUGUAACGUAUUUCAUUGCAUACGUGUAAGCAGAUCAAGUGAGUACCCAUCGUUGCAUUCUUGGAGAGGACAUCUGUUGUAUCCCUAGUUUUUCUCCCAGCAAACCUAAGUGGGGUUUGUGAUCAGUGUGGAUUUCAAAGUGUCGGCCAAAAAGAUACAGGUGGAACCGAUGUAGGCCAAACAUUAUUGCUAAGGCCUCUUUGUCUAGUUGCGAAUAGUUGGUUUCCGCCUGUGACAUGGUUCUUGAUGCAAAAGCAAUCGGCAUCUUCGAACCCGAAGGCAUUCGAUGCAUGAGAACCGCACCUACGCCGUACGGAGACGCAUCACAUUUCAGUAUGAUAGGCUUUUCGGGGUCAUAGUGAACUAGGACAGAUGAGGAGGUAAGAGCCGCCUUUGCCUGUUCGAAAGCACUUUGUUUGACCUCCGACCAGUGCCAGCCACAAUUCUUUUCAAGUAGUCGAUAAAGUGGUUUGAGAAUUGUAGCCGAUUGAUUCAUAAAGCGACUAAAGUGGGUGACCAACCCCAGGAAUGAACGCAAUUGACUAGUAUUGUUGGGGCGCGGCGCCGUCUUCAAGGCUUUGAGCUUAUGUUCGAGUGGAUGGAGGCCAGUUUUAUCCACCCUGAAGCCCAGGUAUUCUACCGAGUCGGCAAGGAAAGUGCACUUAUCUUUCCUGAGUUUAAAACCGGCGUCCUCUAAACGUCCUAACACGAUGUUUAGAGUCUCUAGAUGACUAUGUUCAGAUGGGCCGGUAACUAAUAUAUCGUCAAGAUAUGAGCAAACGUGAGGUAUAUCCUUCACGAGAUUAUCAAUCAAGCAUUGAAAUAAACCGGGAGCCGAACUUACUCCAAAUGGUAGUCUUUUAUAUCGAAAUAAACCCCGAUGCGUAUUGAUGGUGGUGGCGUCUCGGGAUUCAGUAUCUAGGACGACUUGGUUGUAGGCAUGCUUUAGGUCCAAAGUUGUAAAUUGAUGACCACCCGAGAGAGAUGCGUACAGAUCCUCGAUGCGCGGGAGAGGAUAAGGGUUCAGUUUAGUUGCUGAGUUGAUUGUCAGCUUGUAGUCGCCACAGAUACGCACAGAACCAUCGGUUUUAAGAACAGGAACUAUUGGGGCUGCCCAUUCCGAAUAUUGCACGGGCUCAAUAAUAUCCGCUUUCUGUAGGCGAUCCAGCUCUUCUUCGACCUUCGGUGCGAGUGCAUAGGGGACUGUACGAGCUUUAAAGAACCGGGGCCGGAAAUCUGACUGAAACUGAAACUAAACAGGUGGACCGCGGUAGUGGGUAGCUGAAUCGUCACGAACUAGAUCCUUAUGAUUUACCAAAACUGAAUCUAAAGCCGGAUUUACACCAAUCCGAUGAACAUAGGAUAGCACAGAAGGCACACAUUUAAUCCAAUUUCGCCCAAGGAGAUUCGGUUGCUGGCUUCCUCUCACCACAUGAACCGGCAAGUAAUGAAGUUCUCCAUCAUGUUCGACUUCGGCUGUAAAGAUCCCUCGAACGUCUACGUUCUGUCCAGUGUAACUACGGAAUGUUGAGCUAGCCGGUAGAAGGGAUGUUCUUUGGCCAAAAAGGUAGCGGUGUAGGCAGCAAUGAAGACAUGUUCGUUAGACUGUGUCGCCAAUGUUAUGUAUGCAAAACAGAAGGCUAAUUGGAAGUAGGACGUGUACUGAGUACGAUAGACAGCACAAGUGAGGAGGCUUGUGGAAACGGCCGGGUAUAUGGCUAGGGGGACUGUCAUAGGCUGAUGAGUGGCCAAUCAGCACAAAGACGGUGUGAACAGGGGGCCAUGACCUUGAUCGUUCGCUUGUCACGCGUUUGUGGCAUGAUGUCCUGACGGCCCGGGCAGGAUACGCUGCAAGGUCGACUCUGAAGGUUUGCGUUCCCUCCCCUCCAAGGUUGAAGCAGUUCGUAAUUCCCCUCCACCAACUUCCAAGCGUCAGUUACUGCGAUUCCUCGGCAUGGUCAAUUUUUACCGUCGGUUCCUACCGAACUGUGCUGACCUCAUGCUGCCGCUCAGCAACAUGCUGUCUGGUCCCAAAGGUCCCCUCGAGCUGACUGGUGAAGCACUGAAUGCUUUUGAGAGAAUCAAGAAUUCGCUUGCCGAUGCCACCUUACCCACGCAUCCUGCUCCCAAAGCUCAGCUGUCUCUGAUGGUAGAUGCUUCGACCGUAGCCGUAGGUGCAGUCCUUCAACAACACCUUGCUGGUUCGACUCGACCACUUGCCUUUUUCUCCAAAAAAGAUUUUACCAGCUGAGACACGCCAUAGUACCUUUGGCCGUGAACUACUUGUCAUUUACCUGGCUGUGAGGCAUUUUUGCCAUUUCCUUGAAGGUCGUGACUUCACUGUUUUCACUGACCACAAACCGUUGACUUUUGCACUUCGUUCCCACUCCGACAAGUACAAUCCGGGGGAAAUCGCUCACCUGGACUACAUCUCCCAAUUCACCACCGACAUCCGCCACAUUGAUGGCACGAAAAAUGAGGUGGCUGAUAUGCUGUCCAGACCCUCACUGUCUUCCCUUCAACCCACGCACGGGAUCGAUCUUUGUGCCAUGGCAGCUGAGCAACAGCGAGUCGGUUGUCCUGGUGACGAGUCUGUUAGUUGUCUCCUACUCAAAGACGUUCCUCUGAUCACCGGCUCUGGUAUCAUACUUUGUGACGUCUCGACUCCAGUUCAUCGCCAUUUCGUGCCUGCCUCGGUGCGUCGAGCUGUUUUUUCAAACUCUCCACGGACUCUCCCUUCCUGGGAUUCGAGCCUCACAGAAGCUCCUCAAGGAAACGUUUGUCUAGCCUGGCAUGAACAAGGACGUCAAAGCUUGGGCUCGGUCGUGUCUGAGCUACCAGCGAAACAAGGUACAGCGCCAAAACAAACCCCACCAGGCACUUUUCCCAGUCACGACGCACGGUUCAGCCACGUGCACCUGGAUGUCGUAGGCCCCUUGCCUCCAUCCAAUGGUUUCACCCACCUUCUUACCUGUGUCGAUCGAUAUACCCGCUGGGCUGAAGCUAUUCCUUUGCCGAAUACGCAGGCUGAAACCAUCGUGAAGGCCUUCGUCAGUCGUUGGGUCGCCAUGUUCGGUGCCCCAUCCACGGUUACGACUGAUCGUGGUGCCCAGUUUGAGUCGGCACUCUUCCAAACGCUACUCAAUUUCGUUGGCUGCACACGCAUUCGGACGACAGCCUACCACCCAGCCGUCUACGAUAUGGUUGAGCGUUUCCAUCGCCAGAUAAAGAACAUCCUGCGUGCCGUAGAAGACCCAGGAAACUGGUCGGAUAACCUUCCUCUUGCACUCCUCGGCAUCCGCGCAGCUCUGAAGUCGGAUCUGGGCUGUAGCAGAGCUGAAUUGGUUUUCGGCACUACCCUCCGACUGCCAGGCGAGAUGAUUACUGCAACCUCUCGUGGGGCCGACGAGACUCCUGACAAUCUAGUGCACCGUUUGCGGCAAUUUAUGCGCUCGCUUUCCCCGGUUCCACCUCGAACUCCAAUGACUGGGUCUUAUAUCGAAAAAGAUUUGGGCAAGUGUACUCACGUGUUCGUCCGGUGUGACCGUGUGCGCCAGCCGCUGGAGUCACCCUACGAAGGACCGUCCCACGUGCUCGCGCGCAACACCAAGACCUGCCGGAUUCUUCGCGGUGACAAGGAGGACGUGGUCAGUGUCGAUCGAGUCAAGGCUGCUGUUGUAAAGGAGCCGCCGGACUUGCCACAAGGACAAAAUGUGCUGAUCCCCUAA